AGAGCGGGGACAGAGCACAGCUACCACCCGGUAAUCCGUGCGCUUUUUGCCGGGGACGUAAUUAGAUUACGGCGGUGCACCGAUCUCUGCCGCUGCUUCCUGCUUCUGCGGCGCGGACAGCGGUAUUUUUUCCCUCCCUUAAAAAAAAGUGGAGUCGGGUGGAUGAGUUGUGUGGAUGUUAUUUCCUGGAUUUUCUCCUCGGGCUGUGUCUUACCGCGGCCCAGAGACGGCAACAGUGUGUGGAAAAGUAGAUUUGUACGUUAAACAUAUGGCUUCAACGAGGAUAACGCGCUGGAUGCUUGGUGAAGCAUGGUGGUGAAGAUGGUUAGAACGCACUUAAUGGGGCCACUGUCAUGGGGCCGGGUCAAAUGGCCGAGCAUAAUGGCAACAGGAGUCCUUUAUCUGCUGCUGUUAACAACCUGUCUCGGCCAAGACACAGAAGACUGGCAAUAUGAGGAAUGUAAACUAUCUCGGUCGGGUCCUCCUGCUACCAUCGUUGCCAUAGAUGAAGAAAGCCCCAACGGAACAUUAUUGGUGGAGAACAUGCAGAUCAACGGUGUAGCCGAGGGUCCGAAUCGUACCAUCUCUCUGUCGCUAAAGGAUAACCACGACCACUGGGUGAUCCUCGACUCCUCCAAACAAGCCCUUUACCUCAACAGCACUGGACGGGUUCUGGAUAGAGAUCCCCCCUCGUAUAUUCAGUCCAUUGUGGUUCAGGUUCAAUGCACCAACGAGCUUGUAGGCACGGUGAUUUUACAUGAAGUUCGCAUCGUUGUUCGAGACCGCAACGACAACGCACCACAGUUCCAACAGCCAAGAUACUAUGUGGCUGUCAGCGAGCUGACGCCGGUAGGAACCACUAUCUUCUCUGGUUUCUGGGGGAACAAUGGGGCAACAGAUAUUGACGACGGUCCCAACGGACAGAUAGAGUACACCAUCCAGUACAACCCAAAAGACCCGACAACAAACAGAACCUUUGACAUCCCACUGACACUGUUUGGUUCAGUGGUUCUGAAAGAAAGACUCAACUAUGAGGAGAUAACACGGUACCUGGUCAUCAUCCAGGCAAAUGAUCGAGCCCCGUAUCCCAGUGGGCGCCGUACGGCCACCACCACUCUGACUGUGGAUGUGCUGGAUGGUGAUGACUUGGGUCCCAUGUUUCUACCAUGUAUGCUUGUGGGAAAUACCCGUGACUGCAGUCCCAUCACGUAUAGGGCUAAUGUACUGGAGCUGACGGAGCCGAGUAAGGUGAAUCCCGUCAAUGUGACUCCACCCAUUCAAGCCGUGGACCAAGACAGAAACAUACAACCUCCCUCUGACCGGCCGGGGAUUCUGUACUCCAUCCUCAUUGGCAAACCAGAAUCUUAUGCAGAAUAUUUCAGCCUGAAUGGAACCACGGCAGAGCUGCUGCUACUAAAGCCCAUCGAUAGAGAACUCUACCGCAGAUUUGAUCUGGUUAUCAAGGCGGAGCAGGACAACGGCCACCCCUUGCCAGCUUUUGCCAACCUCCAAAUCGAAGUUCUGGAUGAAAACAACCAGGCGCCGUACUUCCUUGAGACCGGUUACCAUGGCUACGUCAGUGAGGCAUCACCAGUGGGAACCACCAUAGCGACCACUGCCAGCUUGUCUGCACCGCUGGCCAUCGUAGCUCUGGAUAACGAUGUGGAGGAGACCAGGGACCCACAGCUCCUGUUCUCGCUGGACAGCUACUCCAAUGUUUUCUCUGUGUCUGCUACUGGAAUCAGAAGAUAUCUCACCCUGGUGCAGCCACUGGACAGAGAGACACAGGACUCCUAUACAUUCAUGCUUUCAGCAUCAGACGGCGUCCAGCAGAGCAUUCCUGUUAGCGUGACGAUAACAGUGUUGGAUGCUAACGACAACACUCCGACUUUUGCUAAUGUCUCUUACAAUGUCAACCUGUUUACUGACAUGUUGCCUGAAGAAACUGUGUUACAGCUGGUAGCGGUCGACUCGGAUGCAGGUCCCAACGGUGUGGUCACCUACCGGAUCCUAGCUGGUGACCAGGGACACUUUCUUAUUGGCAACAGCACGGGGGUCAUUACUGUCGCACCGAGUGUUGAGCUCACGGUUGGGCGGAGCUUCGCUUUGACUGUAGAAGCCAUGGACAACGGGCCUGUAGCUCAGAGGAGGUCAUCCAUAACUACAGUCUACAUCGAAGUUUUGCCCCCAAAUAACCAGAGUCCACCACGUUUCCCCCGACAACAAUACAACCUGGAGAUCAGUGAAGCAAUGAGGACUGGAGCCACACUGCUUAAUCUUCAGGCAGUGGAUCGCGAGAGGGACCCGAUCACCUACAAAAUCCAAAGCGGAGACAUCCAUGAACAUUUUGGACUACAGCAGAAUUCAGGGCAUUUGAUGCUGGACAAGCCACUGGACAGGGAGUCUCUGGAUUAUUACACCCUGGUGGUCACAGCUUCAGACGGACACCCAGAUGGGACCUCCACAGCGACGGUGAACAUCGUGGUGACAGAUGUUAAUGACAACGACCCGCUGUUCGAUUCUUCACUGCCAGUGAACCUCACUGUCAUCGAGGAGCAGGAUCACGCCUACGUUGGACAGGUCAAGGCUUCAGAUCCAGAUCUGGGGGCAAGCGGUCAGGUUCAUUAUCGCCUCGUCAAUCACCAGAAGCUUUUUUCCAUUAAUGCGACCGGAGUGAUCACGACUACGAUGCCACUGGAUAGAGAGGUCAAAGGUCACUACUUUCUGAUAGUUGAAGCCUGGGAUGGUGCAGUUGACCCUCGGAGAUCCAGACUCACGCUGUCCAUCACCGUUCUGGACGUAGACGACAACAGCCCGAUUUUCACACAGCAAACUUACAAUGUCAGCUUACCAGAGAACAGCCCCAAAAAUACAGUCAUAUUACAGCUGAAGGCCAUAGACGCUGACCUCGGCUCCAACCUCACAUAUCAAAUCAGAACUGAAGGCUCAGACCGGGACAUCGCUCAGCUUUUCCACAUCGACCCUGUGACAGGAGAGCUGUCGGUCCUUAAAGUUCUGGACUAUGAGGCUCUGACUGACUCAGAACCAAUAUACACAUUCACAGUGGAGGCCAGGGACACAGAGGGGACCAUGCCUCCUGGACUUGCCUCUAUCACUGUCAGAAUCAUGGACAUGAAUGACUUUUCUCCGGUAUUCAGCCAGUCAGUGUACCGAGGCAUGGUUGCCCCUAAUGCUGUCAAGGGAACCGUCGUAACCACAGUGAUGGCCAAUGACUCUGACCCUGCGGGUACCCCAGCAGGUCUGGUGCGCUAUAAAGUGGACCAGGAGGCUUAUCCAUACUCAGCCAGUAUAUUUGAUGUAGAGGAACAGACGGGGAGAGUAGUAACCAGAGUAAAUCUCAAUGAGGAGCCAAACCUCAAGUUCAGUCUGGUGGUGGUGGCCUAUGAUGACGGAGAGCCAGUAAAGGAGAAUGCAACUCUCGUGGAGAUCACAGUUCUUCAGCCCUCUGUCAUUCCCGUGUUCACUCAGGAAGAAUACAGGUUUGCACCAGUGAGCGAGCAGGCUGCUGUUGGAACCCCAGUGGGAGCCAUCAUGGCGGCUGCUGUCAAUCAAACUAUCAUCUACUCCAUCAUUGAAGGCAACCAGGGAGGUGUGUUCGCUUUGAAUGAAACGACAGGGUUAAUUUACACAGCCAAGCCGCUGGACUAUGAGGCCAACUCCACCUACGUUAUAAGGGUCGAAGCAGACUCCAUGGAAGUGGUGUCCUCGAACCUCCGAGUUCCCUCUAAGACCAACACAGCUAAGGUGGUAAUCGAUAUCCAGGAUGAGAACGACCACCCGCCGGUCUUCACCAGACCUCUUUACAUCGGAGGGGUCGCAGAGGAUGCAAAAACUUUCACCUCUGUCUUGAAAGUACAGGCACUGGACAAAGACACUGGUAACUACAGUUCUAUGAUGUACCGACUCAUCAUCCCCCCUCCUGCUGGUAAAGACACCAAAGACAGCAAAGACGGCUUCAUCAUCGAACCAUACAGCGGCGUGGUGAAGACGGCAAUCAUGUACCGCAACAUGAGGCGGUCGUAUUUUAAAUUUGAGGUGGUUGCAACUGACAACUACGGUCGAGGACACAGCAGCAGGGCGGAUAUAGUGGUGUCAGUCGUGAACCAGCUGGACAUGCAAGUGGUCGUAUCAAAUGUCCCUCCUACUUAUGUGGAGAAAAACAAAAACAAGCUGCUCAGCAUUUUGGAACGAUACGUCCAGGAACAGAUACCGGGAGCAAAAGUUGUAGUGGAAACCAUCGGCCCCCAUCGCCAUGGUGACGGGAUGGAGCAGGAGGACUACACCAAGUCGGACCUCAUGAUUUAUGCUAUCGACCCGCUGACAAAUAGAGCUGUAAACAGACAGGAGCUCUACAAGUUUCUGGAUGGUAAACUCUUGGAUAUCAAUAAAGAGUUCCAGCCUUUUCUCCCUCCUGGAGGACGGAUUCUGGAGAUCCGAACCCCCGAAGUGGUGACCGGCGUAAAGAAAGCUGUGCAGACUGUAGGCUACACAGAGGGGGCGCUGCUGGCUCUGGCAGUUAUUAUCAUCAUCUGCUGCGUCCCUGCCAUACUGAUCGUCAUUAUCACCUACAGACAACGCCAGGCAGAGUGUGCCAAAACAGCCCGCAUCCAGAUGGCACUGCCAACGGGCAAACCUGGGGGAGGCACUGCCAACAACCUGUAUGAAGAGCUGGGUGACAACGCCAUGCGUGGAUAUGGACAACAUGAGACACAACAACUUCUUCGACCUUCUCUGCUCAGACCAGAGGAGCUAUCAAUGGAAUCUGGCAUCGACCCCGGCCAGGACUACUACACACAGGAUUAUUACAACUAUGAUCACGGGUACGACCUUCCUCAGUACGGCAGUCGAAGGAAACUGAUCUCACCCUCCGGCCUCUAUGACGAAUAUGGAGAAGUUGUUGUUGAUGAUGAUGGCAGCUACUACUACAGCCCACAGGAGUCUGAGGGAGAGCAGGGCAGUAGAAAACGUCGGAUCAAGUUGGUGGUGGACCGAGAAUAUGAGACCAGCUCCACUGGGGAGGAGAGCAUGCCUGAGACCCAACGCAGCCGCCUCCCCACCACGCUCAACAGCCAUGCUAACGUUAACGGCAGCAUCUACGUGGCCCAGAACGGCUCCAUAAUCCGCACCCGGCGUACAGUAAACGCCACGGGUCCCACGCACACGCACACCGCAACGAACAACAACCUAAAACUCACCUCUCCCGUCUUCAGCUCACGGCUGGCCAAGCACUUUAAAAAACUGGACAAAAUGGCUGCAACACUGGAGGAAAGAGUGCCCCUGAACAACCCCAGAACAGCGGCGGACGGCGGGUGCAACGCGAUGAGCACCUUCCGUCCCGGACUGGCUGCCUCGGCGACGGCCACUUCCUCUUUCUUGAACACUGAUAACACUAAAACGCUGAAUAUGUUUAACGCUCGACAAUCCAGCGUUUCUUUAGGGUCGACCAGCACCAGCAACACGGGCCCUGACAGCACGGCGUCGAAAUUAAACCUGCUCAAAGCGGCACAGGGCGGCACAGAGCCACAUCAGAGCACAGCGGAGAGAGACGAGCUGAAAGAAGGCGAGAGGGAGUCGAAGGUAGACAGCAGUAAUGAUGAAGACGAUGGACUUGUUCUGGGGGAGCCGUUGGAGUGCCCGAGCGACAGAACGCAGUCGGAUGAGGAGGAAUUAUGGAUGGGCCCGUGGAACAGCCUUCACAUACCCAUGACUAAACUCUGACUGAUCGUGACUCUACUGUGCUCGUUCCUUAUUGCCAGGAUCAUUAAAGCGUUCAGACAUCAUUCCUGUUCAUUAGUUGUGGAA